AUGGCAGCAGAAUCAGGAAUGAAACGCUCGACGACCCUCUUGCGCUCGUUGAACGGCGACGCGCCUCGGAAAGCGCAGAAAGCGCUGGCAGAAGACGAAAAGGGCAAGCGCUGGACACCGGAUCAGGACAAUGCACUGCGCCAAGCAGUCGAGGAGUUCGGGCAGCGCAAUUGGAAAGCAAUCGCGUCCCGAGUGGACGGACGCAACCACGCGCAGUGUCUCCAGCGCUGGAACAAGGUGCUCAAGCCAGGCCUGGUGAAGGGGCAUUGGGCCUAUGAAGAAGACAGCACGCUGGAGCAUAUGGUGCUGCAAGGCUGUCAUUCGUGGGGAGAAGUCGCGACCUACAUUCCUGGACGAACGGCUAAACAGUGCCGAGAACGGUGGCGGAACCACUUGGAUCCGAGUAUAAAUAAGUUCCCUUUUACAUUGGAAGAAGACAAGGUGAUUCAGGAUGGCUUUCGAAACAUGGGGAACCGAUGGACGCAGAUAGCCGAGUUGCUGCCAGGACGUACGGAAGAUGCUGUGAAGAUGAGAUGGAAAGUGUUGAACCCGAAUGAGAAAGUGAAGGCGAAGCCAGGUCGUCCGAAACUUAUGCCUGGUAUGACAGCGAACAAGCAACGCUCUGCGAUACCUCCGCCACCUGAUGAUGUUGUUGCUACAUUGAUAAAUCGACCGACCAUGACGCCGGCAAUGGCGGCGUACGAGGACAAAGAUUGCUCUGGACCAGUGUUCUACCAAGACGAUGGCGUAACAAGUGGUUCGAUGCCAUCUUUGGACCCUCUGCAGACGACGAUGCCUUAUGUGGCGGAGUCGCUGCCGACAGUGAUGGCGCAUCACUACCUUGAACCUAUCAUAGAGCCGCUGAGUGACGAAGCGAAGGCCGAGACCGAAACGAAAGAUGCUGUUAUGCUCAGGGAGCUACUUCGCAGCCACUCAAACAGCUUGCUGAGCUUUGGUAGCUUGCGUGGGCUGGACUCGUUUGCGGAUAUGUCUCCUGAAGACUUGCUGGCGAGUGGUGAGUUGGACGAGAUGUUUCGAGCAACCGUAUCAAUAUCGAAGGAUAAGUGCGAAAGAAGCCGCUUGUCAAGCACAAGCAGCGUAAUGGACACUUUGACGAGCUCGUUUAAAAACCCGGAGUCGUUGCAGAAAGCAAUGCAGAACCUGGACCACGAGGACCAGCACUUAUUUCAGGGGCUCAUUGAUAGUUGGCGUGCGCAGGUGUCAUCGGAUUGUGUCAGCGCGUCCGAAGUGGACGACCAAAUUGCAAGUUUGCCCGUCGGCCCGGAUGCAUAUUUGCAGUGCAGUUUCGAAACUAGCAGCGGACGCAAUAUGGCCCGUGCAUCGGGCACCGAGGAAACGCACUCAUUUUCGCGACGGAAUGCAAAUGGAAUCUCGUACGAGCUCGGUAACAUUACGAGCGAUAUUGAUGACCUGUUGGACUCGGACCUCAUGCGCCCCAUUAUAAAGGGUAGAUUGUGUUAA